AUGUUCAAUCGGGAAUGGCGAUCGGCACUGGUGGAGAAGGCGUUGGGACGAUCGGUUUCCUAUACACUAAUGGCCAAACGGUUGACGAGCAUCUGGGCAAAAGUGAGUACGAUUCAAGUAACCUCAGCAAAAAAUGGGUAUUUUUUGGUACGUUUUACCAGUGGUGUGGACUACGAGAGAGCGAUUACAGGGGGGCCAUGGAUGGUGGGUGAUAACUACUUAACUGUUCAUCCAUGGACUAAGGAUUUUAACCCGUAUGAACAUGAGAUAUCGUCCACAAUGGUUUGGGCGCGGUUGCUUGAGAUUCCGAUUCAGUAUUUUCACCCAGUAGCAGUGAUGAAGAUUGGACAGCGUAUCGGGAAACCGUUGAGAGUGGAUCAUGCAACUAGCACGGGUGCUCGGAGCGAUUAUGCUAGGGUGUGUGUCCAGGUCGAUCUAACCAAACCGUUACUCUCUAUGUUUAGGCUACAUGGGAAAAAGUAUUUUAUUCAAUAUGAGGGUCUAGAAAGGAUUUGUCUUCAGUGUGGCACGUACAGGGAAAGGGGGCACUGUUCAUGCAUGCACGCCACGGCGGAAAUGGAAACUGAGAAAGUGGUGCCGAAUAAUGAUACAGAAUUAAAAGCACCAGAGACUACCUAUGGUGGUUGGAUGAUAGCAAAAAAGAGACCUCGAAGAAAGGACCAAGUUGAUCGAGCUAAUGUUUCGAAUACGCGCAAAGGUAGCAAGGCGAAUGAAGCACGGAGCUCGAUAGGUGGCUCCAGAUAUAUUGUGUUGAAUAUUGAAGAGAUUGAGGAAGUGGAUACAGUGAAUGAGUCUCAACGGAAUGACAACUCCAGGGUUACUCCAAAGGGAAACGACGAGAGCAUUCAUACCGCGAAACAGAAGGGAAAAGAGGUCAGCAGGGAAGAGGAAGAAGGUGAAAAACUGACGGGCACCCUGCCGGUGAGAUCCUCUAUGAUGGCCCCCCCAGUCGAUAUCCCAUCGACAAAAGCUCAAGGUAACUCCGCAGCCCUGGCGAGUGACAAUCCAGUCUUAGCGGAGGUGCCACUACAACCGACGGAUCUAGAAAUAAGAGCUACUGAUCAAUGUAUGGUUUCAUCUAGGGUGACUCAUCAGACUCGUCCCCCCGACCAGCGGCCUCUUGGGAAGGGGAGCUCAGAUGGGUUAGCAACAGCGAUGGACCUUGGGAAAAUGAAGGGAUGCCUCAGCAAUGAGGCCCCCUCGACUUAA